UGCGAAUUUGUUUGUAACCUUCGAGUGGUGGUCUAUGUUUUUUUUCGUUCAUUCUGAGAAGUAUCAGAAUUGCCACGAACAAAAAGAUGUGUGGAACAAUGAGAUUGUGUUCAUGUAUAGGAACGAAAUCCUUGGCGAUUUACAAGACCCUACGUCCAACCAUGGUGUCAAAACGUUGAUUUGUUUGACUGUCAGAUGACACUACCUGUCAGGACUAUAAGAGCCAUCUGCUGGUUUUCAUAAUAACUUGGUAUCCCCUCUUGAGCGGGCCGUGGGAAAAUAAAUUUUGGAAUUCCAAUGUGCAGCAAGUGUAUACACACAACACAGGGAGAGUGAAAAGGGACAAGUGUGACAAACAAACAAGUGAAAGAUCCGUGGUUGUGUUUGUUUAUUUUCGAGCAGGGAUCGCCUGCCGCCUCGUUUUAAUCCCGAUUGAUUCGUCAUCACCGUAAAAGUUCCGAGGACGGCCAAAUGAGCAAGGCCAUCUAGCGGUUCUCCGGGACGAUCCGUUGCUGUCGCGUUUAACGUUGUGGUAGUAGGAAUUGACUGGCUUGGUUCUCAUACGUCCUGGAGCCGCGGCGGAGCUAGGACUAGCAGUCUCUCUCCGACCGCAACGAACGUGCAAAAAUAAUCGCAAAAAAAGAAAAGAAAAGAAAACAAUAACAGACGAAGGUGAACUGUGUUUCCGUGUUUCAUAGAAGAAGAAAAACAAGUUUUAUUAUUCCAUUGGCUUUGGAAAUCCUUAGUAGCAGCAGUGGUAAAUAGCAGAGCGCGCAUUUCUGCUACACUUCCGACCCGGAUGGAUAGUCACGUCAGUGGAUCUAAUAAGAAUUGAAAAAAAAAAAAAAAAAACUCCUCUACUCGUCGUAGAUUUAAAAUGGAUUCCAAAUUCAGUCUAUUCUUACUCAUCGUUGUCGCUGCAACAUGCUUAACAAACGUAGUUAGCGGGAAAACGACGAUUAUCAAGUCGCAUCGGAGCAGACUGUCGUCCACCAGGAACACUGUGCGAAACAGUUCGGUGGUUUACGGCCAAUCCCGCGUCUCACAUCGAACGGAAGAGGCCAACGCAAUCAGAACAUCAUCUGGGGCUGUCGUUUCGAUGGCGGAUCGGAUCCAUCCGCUAUCUGAUUUGGCCCUGCACGAACCAGGUGUCGUGUCACAAAGGCCGCAUCCCUGCGAGCAGAGUUCGUGUUACCCGGCAACAGGCAAUUUGUUGCUCGGCAGAGAAAUGCGGCUCUCGUCCACGUCCACCUGUGGUCUUCAAAAGAAGGAAAAAUAUUGCAUCGUUUCCCAUUUGGAAGAUAAGAAAAAAUGUUUUUGGUGUGACUCAAGGCCGGAACAGGUGAACAGCCCCAGCAGUCAUCACAUUCAAAACAUCCUCUACCGUUAUACUCCCACGUCACGUCGACGAUCUUGGUGGCAAGCGCAAAACGGUGUCGAGAACGUCAGCAUCCAGCUGGAUCUGGAAGCCGAAUUCCACUUUACUCACUUGAUCAUGACGUUCAAGACUUUCAGGCCGGCUGCUUUACUUAUCGAGCGCUCUUAUGAUUUUGGACGAACGUGGAAGAUCUACCGCUACUUUGCCUAUAAUUGCGCCGAAUCAUUCCCGGGCAUUUCACGUGAACCGCCACGCAACCUGACGGAAGUGAUUUGCGAAUCGCGUUAUUCUGGCGUCGCUCCUUCUACGGAAGGUGAGGUCAUCUUCCGCGUUCUGCCGCCCAACUUGCCCAUCGACGAUCCUUACUCGCAAGAAGUUCAGAAUCUGCUCAAAAUGACCAACUUACGCGUCAAUUUUACAAAACUUCAUACCCUCGGCGAUGAUUUACUUGAUAAUAGGGAGGAGAUCCAGGACAAGUAUUACUACGCCAUCUAUGAUAUGGUUGUGCGAGGUUCGUGCUCUUGCUACGGUCACGCUUCUCGUUGUUUGCCCUUGCCAGGCGUUGAUCAGCGAACAGACAUGGUUCACGGUCGUUGCGAAUGUACCCACAACACCAAGGGUCUUAAUUGCGAACAGUGUGAAGAUUUCUACCACGAUCUACCUUGGAGACCUGCCAUCGGUCGCCAGACCAACGCUUGCAAGCGCUGUAAUUGUAAUCAACACUCUGACCAGUGCCAUUUCGAUCCGGCCGUCUACGAAGCUACUUCACGCAUUUCUGGUGGUGUUUGCGACGAUUGCAGACACAACACCAUGGGGCGCAAUUGCGAACAAUGCAAAGCCUUCUUCUACCAGGAUCCGACAAAACCGAUUAGCGAUGCCGACGUUUGUUUGCCUUGCGAUUGCGACCCUAGUGGCUCUUUAGACGAUGGCAUUUGCGAUGCACGAUCUGAUCCUUCUGGUGGAAUCCAAGCCGGCCAAUGCCACUGCAAACGUCACGUGGAAGGCCGCCGCUGCGACCAAUGCCAGCAUGGAUAUUGGAAUUUUACCGAGGAAAACCCAGAUGGCUGCCAAGAAUGCAGCUGUAACUUGCUGGGCACCUACGAAAACCAGGGUUGCAACGUCUACAGUGGCGAAUGUGUCUGUAAACGCUACGUGACAGGCCGUGACUGCGACCAAUGUCUACCGGAACAUUGGGGUUUGUCAGAAGCUCGUGAUGGCUGCAAGGCGUGCGAAUGCGAUCCUGGAGGCUCCUACGAUAACAACUGCGAUAUAUUGACUGGCCAGUGUAAAUGCCGACCGCAUGUAACGGGUCGGACUUGCUCUCAACCAGAACAUGGUUACUUUGCUGGACUGCUAGACUACCGUAUCUACGAAGCUGAAUAUGGUGGCAUUUCAGAUCGCGCCCAGCUCCAAAUUCGAGAACCUUACAGAGAUCGUGAGCCAAGUUGGACUGGACCUGGCUUUGUUCGCGCUGUCGAAGACUCAUCCAUCCAGUUCACUUUGGAUGCCAUUAGCCAAUCGAUGGAAUACGAUUUAGUUAUUCGCUACGAACCUCAACUGUCUGGACAAUGGGAGGACGUUCGGGUAGUUAUCGAACGUCCUGAUGAAGUCGACCCCGAUGGACCUUGUGCCAAUCUGAACAAUCAGCAAGGACCUCCCGGUAGUGGCGGCUUAGAAAUUUCACGAAUUUCGCUUCCAUCUGGAGCCCGUCACGCUGUCGUCUAUCCGCCUACCUGCCUGGAAGCCGGGAAGAAAUACAACGUCCGCCUGGAAUUUAAAUCUUAUGAUUCCAACCAAGAAACGCCAUCCGCCGCUGUUUUGAUCGAUUCGAUCACAGUCGUGCCGCGUGCUGGUUCAAUUCCUUUCCUGGGCGGAUCCCCGGCAGCUGACUACCGCCGCCAAGAGUUCGAUCACUUCCGCUGCGCCCAGUACUUUUAUUCUGUCGUCAAGACAAACAUUCCGGAAGUCUGUCGCAAGCAUCUCUACAGCAUUGGCUUCUACGUCCUUGGAUCAGGUUUCGAGUGCGAGUGUGAUCCUACUGGAUCUUCCAGUAGCAUCUGCGACUCCCUAGGGGGUCAAUGUUCAUGCAAACCCAACGUCGUGGGAAGAAAAUGCGACCAGUGCGCUCCUGGCACUUUUGGAUUCGGGCCGGAAGGUUGUACACCAUGCGAAUGCAACUCUGUUGGAUCGCUUGACAAUUUUUGUGACAGCGGAACUGGGCAGUGCCGUUGCCGACCAAACACCUAUGGUCGUGUUUGCGACCAAUGUCAACCAGGAUACUGGAACUUCCCUUCGUGCCAACGCUGCGAGUGUAACGGACAUGCUGAUCUUUGCGAUUCACGCACAGGACGAUGCCUGGACUGUCGUGAUUUUACUACUGAUGACCAUUGCGAUCGUUGUCUGGACAGUUACUACGGAGAUCCUCGUUUGGGCGUUGACAUCCCAUGUCGAGCUUGUCCUUGUCCUGGAACCAUCAAUUCGGGACAUUCCUACGCACCUCGCUGUUCACUGGAUCGUGAAACACAAGACGUGGUGUGCGAAUGCCAAGAAGGGUAUGCCGGUCCACGCUGUGACGUCUGCGCUGACAACUAUUUUGGCAAUCCCGAAGUACCUGGGGGCCAGUGCCGGCCUUGCCAGUGUAGCAAUAAUAUCGAUCUUUCUCGGCCUGGCAACUGUGCCGGAAAAUCUGGCGAAUGCCUUCAAUGUUUGUUCAACACGGAAGGAUUUAGCUGUGAAGUUUGCCAAAAAGGUUUCUUUGGCGACGCCCUCUCCCAGCAAUGCACACCGUGCGUUUGCAACCUUCUGGGCAGCGAUUCAUCAUUGGAAGGACCGUCUGUCUGUAACCGACAAACGGGUCAGUGUCCUUGUUUGCCGAAUGUUGAGGGCUUAUCGUGCGACCGCUGCGCAGUCGACCAUUGGAAAAUCGCAUCUGGUGAAGGUUGCGAGGCUUGCAGUUGCGAUCCUGUCGGCUCUCUCUCGACACAAUGUAACGAAUUUGACGGCCAAUGCGAAUGCCGCGAAGGCUUCGGUGGGCGGAAGUGUGAUCAGUGCCGCACCAAUUAUUGGGGUAAUCCAUCUGACAACUCGUGCCGGCCUUGCAACUGCGAUCCGCAGGGAUCCUCCACACAGCAAUGUCAUCACGCAACAGGUGCUUGCAUCUGCCUGCCCGGUAUGGGUGGUGAAAAAUGUGAUCGUUGCGCUCGUGGAUACGUUGGCGCUAUUGUUCCGGAUUGUCAACCAUGUGGCGAAUGUUUCGACAACUGGGAUCGCAUUCUUCAGGAAUUGCGUGGCCAAACGGAACAAGUUGUUGUGGCUGCUGGACAAAUCCGCGAAACGGGCGCUACUGGAGCCUACACCCGGGAGUUUGAAACAAUGGAAACUAAAUUGACAGAAGUACGGACUCUACUUGUCAACACAACCCUCAGCGGCCGCGAAUUGUCGCAACUGGAACAGCUUUUCGAAUCUAUCAAAACCAACUUGACAUCAGCUGGACAAGGAAUGGACGGGUUGGAUGCCACAGUUGAAAACACGACCCAACGUAUUUUCUCUGUUGGUCUCGCCCUCUCAAACCUAAGGGCCAAAGCAACGGACCUUCAAACGGCGGCCCAGUCACUCAAGGAUAAUGCCACCAAACUGCAAGAAGCCAACGUUGAAGGAGCACUCAACCUGACCCGCGAAGCUCGUCAACGAUCCCAGAAAGCCCAAGAUCGUGUCGAGUUCACUCAGCAACCGGUCAGCGAUUCGGAGAGACAGCGUAGGAGGACGGAAGCAUUGUUGUCACGUGUCGCUCCACAGCUGGGCGAGAGUCAACAGCGAAAUGCAGCUGAACUUGCUGAUCUCGGUGGUCGACUGGCUGUCGUCGAACGCUCCUUACCCGAACUGAACGACGCUGUCUGUGACGGACGCGGUGAUCCCUGCGACAGUUUGUGUGGUGGCGGAGGAUGCGGCAAGUGCGGAGCUCUGUCAUGCGAUGAAGGAUCUGUCACGAAAGCUGAAAAUGCGCUCAGCCUGGCUAAAGAAGCGGAAGGUAUUCUGCGCAAUCGGCAAACCGAAUCAGAAGAGAUGAUGCGCGGCGUACGCCAGGCUGAAACCGAAGCGGAUAAUGCCCGUAGUCUGGCCCGUGAGGCACUUUUAGCUGCCGAAUUGGCGCAAAACCGUUCUGAAGCAGCCAAAGCCGAAGUUGACGAAUUGAUGAACCAAAUUGACGAAUUCCUUGAAGAAUCUGGCGCAAGUCCGGCCGACAUCCGAUCGUUGGCUACUGAUGUUUUGUCUAAGGGUAUUUCGUUACGACCCGAACAGAUCACUGACCUAGCACGACGCAUUAACGACACUAUCUCUUCCCUGACCAACAUUGACGCCAUUCUGGCCGAGACGUCUGGUGAUUUGGCUUCAGCAAAAGCACUCAAAGAUCGUGCCGACACCGCCAAAGCCCAUGCCCAGGGAAUUCUGACUGUUGCUCAGCAAGUGCUCGACUCUUUGGCUGCCGCUAAAGCCGCACAAGACAAGGCAGAAGAAGCUAUUCAAACGGCUGAUAAGGAUAUUAGCGCAGCUGAAUCGCAUCUAACGCAGAUUGCUAGUGAGACGGCCGACGCUCAAGCCAAAGCCAGUGAAUCAGUCCAGGAGGUCGAGGGACUGCGGGAAAGGUUACGUGAAUUGCAGCGAAAGCUGAUAAAGAACGAGCGAGAUGUUAAAGAAGCGACCCGCGAGUCUGACGUGGCUGCAUCGUUAGCUACCCGCGCCGGACAAGGCGCAUCAGAGUUGGACACGGCUUAUCAGCGAGCCCUGCGGGCUUUGGAAGAGAAAACGGCAAGAAGUGGUGACGCUCGUGAACGCUCCGCCCGUCUUCAAGAUAAGGCUAAUCGGCUGACGGCAAGCGUGUUUGCCAAAGUUCAAGAACUUAAAGAAAUGGAGGAUGAAUACUUGUUGCAUGAGCGUCGGUUGACAGACCUUUCUGAGCAAGUUAUGGCCAUGAAUGUGCGCAUGACCGACUACUUGCAAGUCAUUAGCGACCGCUCGGAGUUCUACCGCACCUGCCAAAAGUAGAAAGUUAGAAACCUGAUAGCAUCGAAACUCCCAUUGCCGCUGGUCCUCCGGACAGUUGCAUUACCCUCUCCAACCGAGCAUCCGUCAACAGUCCAUCAUUUAUUUUUAUUUUAUUUUUAUUUUUUUCUACGUUAUCCCAAACCUACCGAAUUCAGUUGACAGCCUAUAGCAGUCUCCUCCCUCUACUUGCAUUUGAUGUACAUUUGGUCGAGAAACAAUAUCAAUUACCGUGAAUCUCCCCCCCCCCCCUUCACUUAAAAAGGUGCAUUCUUGGAAACUGCAGCGUGCCAAAUUUGUUUUCUUCAAGCUUUCCCAUUGUUUUCUUUUCAUCUUUUUCCAUAUGAUCUUGUGUGACUAGGCCGUUUCAAAACGGAUUUACUAUAAUCUCUUCGGAUUCUUUUUACAGACAAAAUCUUGUGCCUUCAAAAAAAUUUCUUAACAAAAAUUAAACGACAUGAUGUAAUGGUCGCUUCUUUUAUCCAACCUAUACACCCAAACUCAUUCCCCAUUCUCAUUGCUUUGAUCCUUCUUCUCCCCUUCCACCGAAACAGUGUGUUCACCCUAAGACAUCACUUAACUAUUAUUGUUUAAGACUGUGGAGCGAUAAAACAAUAAAAGCGACAUUACGUACCAGA